CCCAGAGCCCCGGUACACUAGCCCAACCCAGAGCCCCGCAACACUAGCCCAACCCAGAGCCCCCACAACACAACCCAAGCCCAACGCCAUCCCAACCCAGAGCCCCCCAACACAUCCCAAGCCCAACGCCAUCCCAACCCAGAGCACCCCACCACAACAUAAGCCCAACGCUAUCCCAACCCAGAGCCCACCCAACAUAACCCAAGCCCAACGCCAUCCCAACCCAGAGCCCCCCAACAAAACCCAAGCCCAACGCCAUCCCAACCCAGAGCCCCCCAACACAACCCAAGCCCAACGCUAUCCCAACCCAGGGCCCCCCACCACAACCCAAGCCCAACGCCAUCCCAACCCAGAGCCCCCCAACACAACCCAAGCCCAACACGAGCUCAACCCAGAGCCCCCACCACAACCCAAGCCCAACACUAGCCCAACCCAGAGCCCCCACCACAACCCAAGGCCCCCCACCACAACCCAAGCCCAACCCAAAACACCCCACCACAACCCAAGCCCAACACUUGCCCAACCCAAGCCCAACACUAGCCCAACCCAGAGCCCCCCAACACAACCCAAGCCCAACCCAGAGCCCCCACCACAUCCCAAGCCCAACACUAGCCCAACCCAGAACACCCCACCACAACCCAAGCCCAACACUAGCCCAACCCAGAGACCCCCACCACAACCCAAGCCCAACGCCAUCCCAAUACCGAGCCCCCCCAACACAACCCAAGCCCAACACUAG